CUCCCCCUUCCACAUCUAUCCAUUUCUUCAUUUCAUCUCUCCCUCGCCGCUUCCGCUCUCUCUCUCUAUCUCUCUCUCUCUCUCUCAAGGAAAUCAGUCAUGGCGGAUCAUCAAAGCGACGGAGAAGAAAACUCCUUCCCCUUCCGUCAAAACCAGGAAGCAACGGCAGGAAGUGGGAACAGAUAUGGAGGACUUGCCCCAAAGAAGAAGCCAUUGAUUUCAAAGGACCAUGAACGAGCCUUCUUUGACUCUGCUGAUUGGGCAUUAUGCAAGCAGGGAGCAGGGCUCUGUAGCAGUGUGGCCGUAGAAAAGCUCCAGCCUAAACUUCAGAGGACCCCUAAGCCACGGCUUCCACCAAGGAGGCCGGUAUGCACAUCUGAGAAGGGCAAUAUUGUAGAAUAGAUAAAUUAAAAGGCGACGUGGCAUCCUAGAGGAAAACAUCUUUGGAAGCAUUGAUUUUUUUUUUUUUGUUAAUUUUUUUUUAUGAAAUUUGUUGCAAUUAUUUAUAUAGUUGAAAUCGAAUUCGAGAUAUUUUAUGAUUUUA